UGUCACUUCUGUUAUUUCUGCAAUGGAAAAUAUCAUCAUUCAUUCAUAGUGGCAUUUCCAUACCAAUCUAUAAAAAGCCCGUGCUAAGCAGCCUAAUUUCUUCAUAUGGUUUUGCAGGACUCGCAACCUGAAUUUUUGCACGAGACAGGAAAGUACGCGGAAGUAUAAAUACGUAUGUCCCUCCCUGUCAGGACUAAUAAACUGUCAGUUUGCAUGACAUGUAGCCUAGAUUCGCCGGCUGUUGAAAGAAAAGUUUGUCGCUAAUGGACGGACACACACCUGGAGAAACCGUGGACAUGAACUCGGUGGCUGUAGUGUGUCGUCGUGUUUGGAACGCAGUGGAUCCUCGAGACAGGACAGAGAUGAAGAGUCCCGCAAAGACUGUGAUAGUUCACCACACAGCGCUCCGGUACUGCUCGAAUCCGCGCGACAGCGUCCCUCACCUCGCUCACAUCCAGCACAUGCACAUGCAAGAGAGGGGCUUCGACGAUAUCGGUUACAACUUUCUGAUCUCUGGAGAUGGGGUGGUGUAUGAAGGGCGGGGAUGGGGGAUUGUAGGGGCCCAUGCAAAGGAACACAACUUCCAUUCUGUUGGCAUCGCCUUCAUGGGCAACUUCAAUGAUGAAUUGCCCAGUUCUGCAUCACUGUCCGCUCUGCUGAGACUGCUGCACAUUGGAGUGCUUCACGGUCAUGUGCAACCCAAUUUUGUGCUCGUGGGACAUAGAGACGUGGCAAAAACGGCGUGUCCGGGGGAACAUUUAUACUCUCUGCUACCAAAACUAAGAGAACAAUUACAAAACCAUUGAUGACCUCUGCUGUGUGUAGCACUGUGUGAAUGUGAAAGUGUGAUAGAUUUAUUUUUGUGUGCCUUGUGAAAGUCUCUUGUAAGAAAUCUUAAUAGAUUAAUAUAAAUUCUAUAACAAUUUGGAACCAGAUCUAAAGGACAUAAUCCUGUCAAAAAUGAUCCUACU